UUCCUAUUAUGGCAACUGACGCGAUGAUCAUCUGACUGUAAACCUCGAUUCUGCAUGAAAAGUUACAGAAAAGAGAAGCUGGAGAAAGGUCCGACAGGGAAUACGAUAUUCUUGCGUGAACCAGGUGUAAAUUGUCGAUCGGAUUUCUUCCAUAAAUUUGCAUUUCGCACUUAUUUACUUUCGACUUAUUUAUUAACCGCUGCACGCAAAAGCAACACGCAGUAACGGAAAAUAAUACCUCUACGUGUUAUCACGAGAUCGACAGAGUGAUCUUUUAAUUGCUACAUUUCUCCACGUUUUAAUAAUAGAAAGCAAUAGCUGGAAUCUCUUAUGCAGAAGAAACACACUAAAUUGACAUAAAUGAAAAUAUUGCAUACAAUAAUUAGAUUAAUAUGAUUGUAUUUCAUUCAUAUCAAAAUUAAAAUGAAAUGCAAUUGUUAAAUCUUGAAAUCUCCUUUUAAUAUCAUGGAAAAAUUCUUGAAAUAUCAACGAUUUUACGUAUCUAUCCUUGGCUGUGAAAUUUUGCGUAUUUUUCAAUGGACUUGCGUCUCGCACCGCUAAUUAUUCAUGAAGAAAUGAGCGUGUGCGAAUUUUGUUCGCUGUUUGAGCACAGAGCAUCACCAACGAAAUUGGAUCGUUAAAUACAACUCGAAAAUAUAUACAUGGAGAAUGUCGAUCGUUUAUCGAGUGUAUUGUUCGGAUGGAAACAAUCGAGCGAGUUCGAGAUAUCAUGCAAGGAUUUUAAGAUAUCGGAGCUCCAAGAGUUUUCAACACUCGCGAUAUGUAGCGUAACAAGGUGAGCUUCUCGAUGGCUCGGAUUAAAAGAGCAUUCUAGGAAGAUAAUAUCUAAUUCUAAUUCUUAAAUUCGGUAUAUUGAUUACAUCACAAUGGCAUCAGCCAUUAAUUGCCUAGGUCUUUCAAGUCUUAUAUUUUAAAUAUGCAUAAGUAUAUAUAUCUACUUUAACUGCCCACAUUCAAAAACCAUUGAUGACAAUCAUAAGAAAAUUACUGGAUAUUGUACCGAGUGAAUCGCCGAGCAUGAAUGGCGAAAGCGCACGCAAAUAAUCAAAAGUCAUAAACGUGACCGAUGAGGUCUUUAAAAAAUGCUCACGUAACGAUACUUUCCUCACAUUUCUUACGGCAAAUCGGUUAUAUCAUGGUUGUACUAUGCGAUAACUAUGUUCCCGGAAAGAGAACGCGGCCGCGCGUGCACGCGGCAGAAAAGGAAGCUAAUUGCGCACGCAGAUGAUGCCGACAAACCCAAUCGUUUUCUAUCCGAGAGAAUUGUAUAUAAUAUAUAUUAUUAAAUCAUUUUGUGAAUCACUUGUUCAUUCGUUUAUCACGAGUUCUGUCGUGUGAUGGAUAAGCUGCGGCAGAACCGUCACGUUUUAAAGGUAUGAUUUGCUUAUAGAAAUAAAAGCAGAUCUUUGAUUUUAAUUUUACAUUCAUCAUCGCCUUUUGUAUAUUAUUGAAGAUUAUGUUUCUUUCGAUUUUGAUGAAUUUGUGGACUUUUACUUGCGCAAUGAUACAAAACAUUCCAAUACAAACAUAACGUUGGUCAUGUAAUCAUGCAGGUAAUAUACAAUAAUAUUAUUCUACGACUUUUCAAAGUUACGAUUCCGAUUGUGAGGAAGCACGACGAUCACGAAUCAAACGUCCUCUAUGGCUUCACAGCUAGUUAUCUGACAAUCAUUACUCCAACGUACUCUGUCUUUUAUUUGACUGUUCGAUACGGGAGCAGAUAAUCGCGGGUUAUCGGCUACUACCUGCUUUUGCGGCGAUUACAAUAGGCAGCCAAUAUAAUCCACGCGUAGUCCGAGAUAAACGUUAGUUUGCCAGCGAUACACGAUCGGAAAAUCUUCAGCGCGAAUUCAGGAAGUCCAUUCCGCUUCGCAACCAGGAAUAACACGGAAUGCCGAUACGUCAAAUAUCCGAUAACUACCAUUCUUGCUUCUGAGUGACGACACUCACGUACGAGAAUUGUGAACAAUUUCUCCGGAGUUCAGAGGUCAGUACAACAUUCUCCUCACCGCAACGAUAAGACAUCGUUUUCAGGAAACAUCGAAAGCGGCCACGUGCACAGGCAAGUCCACGUACAUUCCUCGUGUAAAUUCCGAAUUAUUCAUCGAGAAUCGUGAUGAUUUGGGAAUUGCCACUCGGACAAUUCGUUCAUUCGCGAUUGACCGGACGCUGAUUCAAAAUAACAAGCUGAAGAAUGAAUUGAAGAACGACGAGAGAAACGUCGCUCUCUCUCUCUCUCUUUCUAUAUUAUAAUUAUUAUUAAAUAGAUUAAAUGCGCAUGAGUCUUCGCCGAUAAGAUAACAACAAUUAUAGCGCCAUUGGUUCCCGUGCGGAAUUGCUCGCCCCGUUCGACGGGAAACACAGAGAGAUCGCGGAUAGAAUUGAAGGACCGCUCGUAUGCGCCGCGUAACUGCGUCCUGGUGAUUCUACAUUGCAUCUCUGUGUCACAUCGCGUUUUAGCGCCGACCGUUUGGGAUUAGAUCGACGCUGAUGAGCGGGGGAGCGGGCACGUUUCGCGCUGUUCAAAGCUUAUUACCUCGACCGGAUGUUCGCAACUAACGCUUUGACGGUUCCCCAGAUCCAACACCAGAGACUGGUCGUGUGCGUGUUACACGCACACACACACACACACACGUGUAACAUACAGACACACGCGUGCGGUAUGAAUUGUGCGUGAUACUCGUCGGUAUGUGUGCGUGCGACGGCGCUCACGAAGUCUGCACGAUUCAGGUCCAGCUUGGCGAUAAAUGAACUAAGUCCAUAAGGUCUGAAGAGUACGUUUCCUUGUUGUGCUGUUCCGCGAGCGAAUUUUCUGAAUUUUCCGGCUGAAUGCUACCAAGGCAGAUUCAAAGCACAAUAACAAAAAACGAUAAUUAAAGGCAACGCACUGAUCUUCAAGUUAUCAUACCUCGCUAGUUAUGACAGAGCUAUCGAAUGUAGGAUUUCGUCUCUCUCUCUUCUGGCCAUGGAAUCUACUAUCUAAUCAGUAUCUGGAAAAAGAAGUCGUUUUGUAGUGCAUUGAGAUAAGAUCGUUCGAAGUUUUCGUUGUUUUCCUGGCUGCCUUCGUUUUUUGACAUCGCAUUUCUUGAUCUGUACAAUCGUAUCUCCGAUUAAAUACAAUGAUUUAAAUUAAUGAUAAAGCUCGAUCACUUGCUAACUAGCGAAUUUUAUUAUACCAAAUUCGCUGCACGUCGCCGUGUAACAGCAACGAUUAGACGGCCGCACGCACGUUUAGCUGAAUUGUCUUGUCGAAGGUCGGCGCCGCACGAAGACGAUCUUACGUAGUCCUCUUCAUCUAGCGCUAGCGUCCGUCGUAGGCGACGACUGUCCUCGCAUCUUGCUCCCGAAGAUAGAAACCGGCACGGCGCGAGCGCCGCGGGAUCGCGAGAAAUUUUUCGGUCCAAUCAAUGACUCAUCAUCAGCAAGGUCCAACAAGCGUUUCUCGAUAAGCCAGAAUCGUUCGAGCCGGUCGGACAACAAUCGGCAUUGUGCUGACGUCCGGCCAGGAUCAUGGCUGUAAAGGAGUGGUUCCGGAGACUGCAGCCAGUACAGCUGUACCUGGUGUUGUUCUUCACCACGGCUUUCUUCCUGGUCGAGAUCGUCGCCAGCCACGUGACACAUUCGUUGACCCUGCUGCUCAACGCGUACCACAUGCUUUGUAACAUUGUAGCGCUCGUCGGCUGCAUCGCCUCGAUCAAGUACAGCUAUCGAGAAAGAUACAGCAACAGCAGUAGCCGCAAUUCGGUGGGAAAUUCAUCCAUCUGCGUUAAUGUAGAGGAGCAGGGUUCCAUUACGUCGUUGUCGACGAAGACAAAGGAAUCAGACAAGAGAUUAAAAAACACGUUUGGAUGGGCUAGGAUCGAUAUUGUCACGAUGCUCGUCUGCUGCGUGUUCGUCGCUUCUUUCUGUUUUUCUCUGUUGAUUGAAGCGUUGCAGACAUUGGUGCACAUCGAUCACUUGGAUGAGAUGCAUCAUCCGUUGCCAGUACUAUGUAUCGGUGCUUCCGGGAUCCUUUUGAAUGUCUUAUGUUAUAUCUUAAUUGGUGGAUUUACGUUCAAUCAGAGUGUCUUCUUGCACGUCACCAAUAGCGGGGAUGUAAUACUGUGCAGGAACGUGAACUCGCAGGAAACGAAAGAAGGUGAGCAACGAUUGUCAGCGCAAACUAGAAGAAGUCCACUAGCGAUGCCGAAAAGUCAAGGCUUCCGAGAGAUAUGCCGGGACGUUCUUGGUUGCGUAUUUGUCAUAUUGGUGUCGAUUUUAGUCUACUUCACCGAUUCCGAAGUGGCCAAGUAUAUCGACCCGGUUUUCGCCAUUAUUUCGUCAAUUUUGCUGUUCGUCCUUUGCUACCCGUAUAUGAAGGAAUCAGGCCUGAUUCUGCUGCAAACGAUUCCGAACCAUAUUAACAUCGACAAUCUGAAAAGAGAAUUGUUAGAGGCUUUCCCUGGUAUUGUAAACGUCCACGAUUUACACGUGUGGCAACUAGCAGGAGAGAAAAUCAUUUCGACGGCACAUAUAAUAUUUUUGGAUCCGACGGUUUAUGCUAAUAUCACGGAGCAAGUAACUGCCUUUUUCGUGGAAAUGGGUAUCACGCAAGUCACUAUACAGCCAGAAUUUCACAAGGUACAGCCGCACAUGGAGAAAACCAACUGCUUGAUUCGCUGCCACGGCGAACACUGCAGUACCUCCCAAUGUUGUUCGCGGGAGAACUUCCUGGAGGAUACGUGCAACUCGGUGAAGGACGACACGAUCAACAAGAAGUAUGACAAAAAGGAGAUAGUACCAGCCACGUGUUCGAUUAAUCUAGAAAAGUUCACCGUUUACAAGGAGGAGACGCUAGAGCAAACUACGAGCGACGAAAGCACGCGGGAAAAAUCAGCGUGUGACCCGAUGAGCGAAAACACAUGUUACACUAAUGACGAACAGACACCAGCGGAUAUCGUAGAUAUCGACUCCAGUGCCUGUAUGAUAAACGUAGUCGAUCGAUUAUCUGAUAGUACUGUUACCCGUCGACAUUCUACAGCUCUCGACAGCAAGUUGGACCACAACAUCGUAUCUUAGAUCUCUGUUCAUUUCUCAGACACAGAUAACAGUUUGAUCUAAUCCUCGAUAUAUGUUCGACAUUUUCCUGCUUGAAACAUUAUACAAAACGUUCAUCGCGAUCUGGACAUUAUAACUUGUGACUUAUAAUUUCUGAAAUCCGAUAAAAAAAGUUGGAGAAGUAAGGACAAACAUUAGUUCAUUUUUAUCCGUUUGCUAAUAGCAUUAUUUGUCAAAUUAUUAUCAACGGAAUUAAGGACAAUUGCAAUUGUUAUACAUACGUAAAGAUGCAUCAAAUGAGAAGACUGCAAGCUAGUAUUAAGUAUCCCGAUGCAUAUACAACGCAGUUUGUCGCAAUAGAUAGUUAACUUUUAGUAGUAGUCUCGCAAACUUGGGCAACACGCGUGCCAGUUAUUAAAAGAGUAUGAUAUCGAUUUUUUACGGUUUUAGUAAUUUAAUAGAACGAAAGAGCAUUAUAAAAUAUGUAUUCUUGAUUGAUAUUGUCGUACUCAUUUGUUAAUUAUUUACAUUAUAUGUAAAUAAUUUCUUUUAUCCAACAAAUUUAUCACAGUUAUGUUAUUGUUAAACGAUGUUUCUAUGAAUAAUAAUAUUUGGAUAAUUUAUAAUGACAAUGCAAUCAUUAUCCAACAUAACUGCACUCGCAAAUAUGCUUUGUUAUCAUUUAUCAUUUAUGUUAUAAAGUUAUACUUAUAAAGUUUGCUAGCCUAUGAAUAUAUGCCAAAAAUUUUUACGAUUUUUUAAUUAUUUUAAACAGCUAUCUAAAAUAUAUAUAUCAAAACAUUGUUAUCAUUAUAAAUUUGUUACAACUACAAUGACAGAUUUAAUAACAUAUAUAUUUAUCCACUACCGCAAUACUAUCAUUACCAUUUUUAAAAGUAGACCUUUAUAUUAUGUUUAUUUUAUAUUAAGCUGCAUUCAACUUAAGUAGACCAGUUAUCUAUAGUUUAAUUGAUAUUAUAAUAAUAACUCACUAACACAAGUAUUAGUACAGCUGGACAUGUUCCUCCCUUUUUCUCUUGUAAGAAAAUGUAUAUAUAUAUAGAACAUUUAUACAACAUUUAUAUGUUCUAAUAAAUAAUUUUAAUCAUUCUCACUUUUCGACAAUGAGUAAAUCAAAUAUCGCUGUAGAUCACGCUUCAGAUUACAACGCUAAUUAUUAUGCAAUAAAAGUAACAGAGAAAGUAUAUGGUAUAUUAGGUAUAGCUUUUUAUCUACUAUUAUAAGUAAUCAUUUUUGAAGAGAUUUGUACGAUUAAACUUGUGCCAUCGGCACAAUUUUAUACGAGAGAUACGUCUAACAGAAACGCUCAUCUCUUAAACGAGACGAAAACAAAGCUCUAAUGAUAAUGUAUGUCACUGACAGCAGUUCCUAUGCGAUAAGUGUGGGCGUUAAUGAUGGGAAACCUGUUGCUGACGAUAGUAACGAGGUCCAUAGCACCCUAUCUUAAGUUUGGGGUCGCUGGUUUAGACAGAUAAUUAAUUGUUUAACUCAUUGUCCGCGAUAACCAUCUGCUACACGAAGGAAAUGUGCAAAGGAAAUUGCACGACUGUUUAAGAAUACUAAAACGGAAACUGCGGUUUUGACAUAAUGCAGUACUCUAUUGCAUCUAUUGCAGAAAUUAUUAGAAGCUAAUGAUGCGAGGAAAGUAGAAAUAUCGUGAAUAUUUGCAAUCACGGAAGUCAUUAGAUAAAUGUUAUCAUAUGUACAUGUAUUAGAUUGAGGAAAAUCUGUGCAGAUUUUUUUUAGAUUGAGAAAAGUCUGUGCAGAUUGUUUUUUAGAAAAACAGAGAGAGAGAGUUCAAUUUAUACUGAAUAAUUAUUGAUUUUUUAAUAUAUUAUAUGAUAUAUAUUAUAUGAAAUUAUAAUUACUUAUUUAUUCCUAAUCAUAUUGUUUAUUUUUAUUGUAAUUUAAAGUUAGGAAAUGCAAAAGACCUAUUAUUGUAAAAUGAACACGCGUUAAUCAUGCUUAACUCUUCCUGCUAAUUAGUUCAACUAUCAUUCUUCACAAUUAGACCGUGCUGAUUUAAAAGUAGUGCCGACAGAGAAAAUGUAAAAUCAUAUUGGAGCAGAGACCAUGUACAAAAUAAACUUAACAAACUUUAAAAUUUUAGAACACGAAGAAUUGACAUAAAUAUUUGCUAACGAACAAAGUUGUCAGUUCUAAAUUUACGAACGUAACGGUUGGAAGAUAUCGAAAAUUACCGUACAUUUAGCAGCAAACAUUUAGUGCCUAAAAAUAUCAAACUGUCUAAACAAACUCCAUCACUUCAUGGGGAUCAAUUGUAAACAGUUACAUACCUAUUUAUAAGACUUUUCUGUUAUUUUUCUCUAAGAAGAAGUAAUUGUUGAUAAAAUAGUAAUUAUUGAUCAAUAAAUAACUGGUUGAGUAUUAUUGUUACUCCACUCAAUAA